AUGAAUCAACAUAGUCUACGUGUUGAGGGAACUUCUUUCCGAGAUUGUGAAAACCGAGAAGUCUUCCUGAGAGGAAUCAACGUGGCUGGUGAUGCAAAGUUCCCCAAAGAGCCAAACCGCCCUCCCGAAGACCAUGAUGAGUUCUUCAAUGGAAAUAAUGUAUCAUUUGUGGGGCGACCUUUCCCCCUGAAAGACGCCGAUAUACACUUCAGCCGACUACGCAACUGGGGCUAUAAUACAAUUCGCUAUAUAUUCACGUGGGAAGCUAUCGAACAUUCGGGGCCUGGCAUCUAUGAUGAAGAAUGGCUUGCCUUUACCAUCGAUGUCCUUCGCGUCGCGAAAAAGUAUCAGUUCUACGUAUUCAUGGACCCCCACCAAGAUGUUUGGUCACGGUUGUCAGGAGGGUCUGGUGCCCCCGCAUGGACGCUAUACGCAGCCGGACUCAACCCACGGAACUUUCAAGCAACUCAAGCAGCGCUCUCGCAGCAUGCAUUGGAUAACCCUACGGAAUUCCCUAAGAUGCUUUGGUGUACGAACUAUAGCAGACUCGUCUGUCAAACAAUGUUUACUUUGUUCUGGGCUGGGCGAGACUUUGCGCCAAAUGCCAUCCUUGACGAUAUGAACAUUCAGGAUUAUUUACAAAGCCAUUUCAUUGGUGCUUGUAAGCAUCUUGCGCAGAAGAUUCACGACGCUGGUGAUCUCGAAGGCGAUGUGGUAAUUGGAUGGGAAAGUUUGAACGAGCCCCAUAGAGGCUUGAUUGGUGUUCAAGACAUAUCGAAAAUCCCAAACGAGCAACACUUACAGCUUGGAACGUCUCCAACGGCAUUUCAAGGUAUCCUCAUUGGGUCCGGACAACCAUGCCAGGUUGCCACAUGGUCUUUCAAAAGCUUCGGUCCUCGCCAAAUAGGCGAAGAGCUUAUAAACCCAAGAGGGGCCUCUGUUUGGUUACCAGCUGGAUACAGUGAAGGUCAUUUUCCCUGGCGUCGCGAUCCUCGCUGGCGGCUAGGUGAAUGCAUCUGGGCUCAGCAUGGGGUUUGGGACCCUAGCAAAAGCGUUCUACUCCAGAAAGAUUACUUCGCGAAAAGACCCGACAGUGGCGAAAUUCUCGAUUAUGGGAAGUUCACAAAUUCCUACUUUCUAACUCACUAUAGGUCCUACAAACAUGCGAUCCGCAGCGUUUGUGGCGGGGUCAUCAUGUUCUGCCAGCCACCAGUCAUGGAGAUUCCACCAAAUAUCAAAGGCUCAGCAGAUGAUGACCCGAAUAUGGUACAUGCUGUCCACUUCUACGAUGGAUUGACACUUCUAACAAAGCAUUGGUUAGUAUUUCACCCCCAAAAAGGUCGACGCUAUGUACUGAUACAAAUCCUGAUGGAUAGGAACCGCCUUUACAACCUUGAUAUCAUCGGUUUGCUCCGAGGCACCCACCGUUAUCCCUUCCGCGCACUGAAGUUUGGAGAACGCUCGAUUCGGAAAAGCCUCCGAGAUCAGCUUCGGUUUUUGCGAGACGAAAGCCUAAGGAAUAUGGGCCAUCACCCUCUCAUUUUCACCGAGAUCGGUAUUCCAUACGACCUCGAUGACAAGCAUGCAUUCAACUCGGGUGACUAUACUAGCCAAAUAAAAGCAAUGGAUGCCAAUCACUUCGCCUUGGAAGGAAGUUCCUCCAACGGGUUUACUCUGUGGUGCUACGUGGCUCAGAAUGACCAUGAAGGUGGCGAUCAGUGGAACGGAGAAGAUCUUUCAAUAUACUCGCAAGACGAUUUGGAACUGCCGAGGACCAUUACCACAAGCCUUUCAAAAUUGCCCGAAACUACGCUUAUAGAGAAGCAAUCAGACAGCAUGUCCCAGAGAUGGAGGAACUCCUUCAAAUCACGAGAGGUGCCAAGUCCUGGCAUUUCCUUUCGAAAUAGCUCGGCUCGGACGCGUAGCUAUCGUGCUGCAGAAGCCUUUGUGCGUCCAAGUCCCAUCCGCGUGCAUGGGAAGUUGGAAAGUCAUGCAUUUGACCUGAAGAAUUGCAAGUUUUCAAUGAAGUUGCAUGCCGAGCAAACACUGGUUCAUUCUCCCAGUGAGAUAUAUCUACCAUAUUUUCAUUUCCCACCGGCAAGUACAGUAAUUUCGGCAAAUGCUGGGAGCUGGGAAAUUACAGAAACGGAGUUUGAUCGGAUCAAGGUCCAAUGUCUACGAUGGUGGCAUCCAGAGGGGAAGGCCGAGAUUAAUGUCAAAGGCCUUAAACACUAA